AUGCAGCGACGCUUAUCGCCCAUUCUGCUGUUCGUUACAAGUGUCAUUGUCGAAGCUUCGACAAUGAGUAUGAUGGAAAUGAAAUUGAAUAUAUCGCAUUGUCAUGAUCAUAAUUGUACACACAUGACUAUACGUUCCCAAAUAUGUUAUCCAUCCACACCUAAGACUUAUUAUCUUCUCAAAGGUAAUUUUUUGUCUGAAAAUGUAAUGCACGUUACGCAGAUUAAUUUCAUCACUGCUCAGCAACGCCCUCCAAGUUAUGGAGCUCAAUCAGAGAUCUAUUUAAUGUUUCACCAUGCACCACAUUUGGCAAACACUUCGUUUAGAAUAAAAGAACAGAGGGCAAAGCUUCAACGCUUAUUCGACCAGAUACAAUCUAUUGAUAUGAGCAGAUCGAUAGUUAUGUGCUCGUUUUUAUCUGGUUCUUCGACACUACCAAGUCGACCGAUCGGCUCAUAUCUAAACCCGCUAUCGAAUACGAGUCUUUUCGGUAUCAUUUUCCUUAGUGCAUGUGCUAUCCUUAUCUGCGGUCUUUGCACGAUCUGGUUUUCAGUGCUUUAUUAUCGCCGUUUUGUACAGGAACGAAAGCAUAAAAAAGAUCGUCAAGCACUAGCCAAGUCAGCUGAAGAAAUACUUGCUAAAUCACCUGUUAUCAUCUUCGACGCUGCGAAUCAAAAUCUUGAAUUUCGUGAUGAAAAUCCCAUGUGUGCAAUUUGCUUGGAAACAUUCAGCAAUAAAGAAAAAAUCCGUAAACUUGCCUGUACACAUUAUUAUCAUAUCGACUGCAUCGAUCCAUGGUUAUUAUCUCAUCAAAGCUGUCCACUCUGCAAUCAAAGUAUUCUGCAAACUGCAAUACCUUCGAUAUCAUCGAUAAUUGAGCCACCCAGCACUGGCCAACCUACCCCAUCGACUCAUUCAAAUUUAUAA